GAAGCCCUUCCCUUGAUUCGAUAUGUUUGGCUUUGGCAAACCUGCACCUGAAGGAACUCCUGCCGCGGCCCCUGCCGCCGCCGCCCCCGCUGCGGCUGGAGGUAACCAAGGCGGCUACUCCUUCGACCCCACGGGAUUGGAACGUGCGGCCAAGGCGGCGCGUGACUUGGAAAAGGCCAAGUAUGCCAAGGAAGCGUUCCAAAUGGCGAAAGAGACCGAAAAGACCAAACAAUUGGAGCAUCAAGCCAAGGUGAAAGAGAACGAAGCAUUGUACAAGGCGUACGAAGUGCAGCGCAUCCAAAAGGAGGGCGAAGAGACGCGCAAGAACAUGGAAGCGCAAACCGAGCACAACCAACGCCGGUCGCAGUACCAGGAUCAAUUGAAGCGCAAGCAAUGGGCCGACCAGCAAGCGGCUCAAAAGCUAUUCAAGGAGCAAGAGCUGAAGAAGCAAGAAGAAAUGCUCGCCCGCCAAGAAGCGUCGCGCCGCAAGACGAUGGAGUACGAGGCCGAGUUGCGCACGAAAACCGAAAUGUCUAAGGUGGCUGCUGAAGUCGAAGGACGCAUCAAGCAAGAGCGAUUGAACCACGACCUGCAUCUAGAGGAAGCCCGCGUGCGUGCCAAAGAGUACCGCGAGACCGUCAUGGAAGGCAUCAAGUUGGCCACCAACACCAUCGGCACGGGCGUGAUGGCGUUCCUUGGCGACUCGGAGAAGCUAUCGGCGACCGUGCUGUCGCUGUCCGUGUUGGCGCUGGGUGUGUACACGGCCAAAGUAUCGACGGGGGUCACAGGGCGGUUCAUCGAAGCGCGUCUCGGCAAGCCGUCGCUCGUGCGCGAAACCUCCCGCCGGUCCGUGGUCCAAGUGCUGGCCAACCCGAUUCCGUCCAUCAAGCGCGUGCUUCGCCUCGGCACCCCCACGGACGCCCUCGCCGGCGUCGUGCUCGAGCCCAAGCUCGACGAACGUCUGCGCAGCGUCGCCCUGUCCACGUUCAACACAAAGAAGAACCGGGCGCCGUUCCGCCACUUGCUCCUCCAUGGACCUCCGGGGACGGGUAAAACGCUGUUUGCCAAGGCCCUGGCGCGCCAUUCUGGUCUCGAAUAUGCCAUCUUGACAGGCGGCGACGUCGCCCCGCUGGGCCGCGAAGGCGUGACGGAAAUCCACAAGUUAUUCGAUUGGGCGUCGCACAGCAACCGCGGAUUGCUCAUGUUUGUGGACGAAGCCGACGCGUUUCUCCAAAAGCGCAGCAACGCCGGUACGUACGAAUCAACGAUCGAUCGUCAGUCUUGUGAUUUCUUAUGGUUAUUGUUGGAGUAGUCAUGAGCGAAGACAUGCGCAAUGCCUUGAACGCGUUCCUGUACCGCACGGGAGAAGCCAGCGAUAAGUUUAUGAUUGUGUUCGCGUCGAACCAACCGGAACAGUUUGACUGGGCUAUCAACGAUCGCAUUGACGAGAUGGUCGAGUUCAUCCUGCCUGGCCUUGACGAGCGCGUGCGUAUGCUGCAGCAGUACGUGGACAAGUACUUGCUCCAGUCCAACUCGAAGGCCAAGAAGAUCGUCGUGCGGGACAUCGAGACGGCGGACCUCGUCGCCGUCGCGGAGCGCAUCGACGGGUUCUCGGGCCGUGAAAUCUCCAAGCUCGUGAUCGCGUUCCAAGCGGCCGCGUACGGGAAUGCCAACUCGGAGUUCACGAAGGACCUGAUGGACGAAGUACUAGAGCAUCACAUGGUGGCCCACCGGCAAAAGGAAGAGUGGAAGGCCUACGAAAUCCCCCAAAACGUCCACAAGCUCGUGUCCGAAUAAGGCAACUGAAACAAUACAGAUUGAUCAUAGAUGCAUCAUGUGGUUGAUGGAAUGAAGCGCAUGCCUGGUCUGCGACCGAGUAAGAUCUGCUGCGAGGACAUCGCCAAGUAGUAUACUAGUAGGCAGAGAGAUGGACGGGUUGCUCAGUCGAUGGCCAUGCUGUUUGCCGCUCAAAGGCAGCUACGUACAGUAACUCGACCAGCCUUCGACCGAUACUGCAGCCCCCUCAUGCCUGGUGUGCCACGUCAUAGUACUAGAAUGGAGUGAGC